AUGAAAAAUUCUCUUUUGGGGUUUCUGGUGCACGGCGGGGCAGGGUCAUGCUCUGCUGCCCAAAUAAAAAGGAUGAAAUAUGCACUAAGAAAGAUCCUUGCAGAAAGCUCUUCGCUGGAUGAGCACGCUUUGUCUUUGGAGAGAUCGCCUCUUUUUAACUGCGGCGUAGGAAGCAAUAGAACAGUUGCAAACUCUGUUGAAAAUGAGUGCUGUUUGAUGGACAGUGCUGGGGCCUUUGCGUCAGUCUGUAUGAUCCCCGAGAAUAUUUCACCAUACAAAGCGCUUAGUAAGUAUGUGCAGGUGGAAAGAGACCCAGGCCUAGUUAAGCCAAUUAGCGUGGUAUAUUCGCAAGGACUGUGCAGCGAGAGAAUUAGAGAAGAUGAAAAUAAAAUUACGGAGCACGAGGCAGGAGAUACAGUGGGAAUAGCUGAAAUUAAAAGCAGCACCAUUACAGCUGUAUCAAGCAGCGGAGGACCAAAGAAAAAAUAUCCGGGAAGAAUUGGCCCCUGUUCUGUCUACGGCGCAAAUACUUUCGUGUCUCGAGAUGCCUGUGUGCUUAUCUCGGGAACAGGCGAGUCACUCAUGCGGAGCCAUUUGGCGCAGAGAAUACACAGGAAAAUAGAAAGCAUGCACUUUGAAGAAGUCAGAGCAGAAAUAGAAGAGUUCAUGAAGGAAGAGAAAUCUUUUCCAUACAUCGGCGGAGUGGGAGUGUGCAGAAAAACAGCUAACACACUUUUUAUUGUACACUUUCAAUCAGCUGCCUCUUUUGUCUACGGAUACAAUUUUGGAGGCCUUCUAAAGGUCAUUUCACACAUACAGCCCGAAGGAUGCGUGACUGUGAAUGUAGAGAGAGUUGAUGUAGAAUAG